GCAGUUGAAGAGAAGAGACAUUUAGCCGAUCCAAUAGAAGCAUAAUAUGUGUGCGUGCAUCCUAAAAACCACACCUGUUAUAUGCUAAAUGGGAAAGUAAAGUCCUCAAAGAAAGAACUGUUGUUGACUGAGUUCCUGGGCUCUGACCGGCCUACCAGUGCAAGUGAUCCCUUCCACAGUCUUUUGAUAACUCACAUUCCAAAUCCUACAAAAUGGUCCUUCGAGCCGGAUGAUCACUUCUCUGGAUUAAGAUGUCAGCCAGUUCUGAAACAGUGAACCCCUCGGUUCGCACAAAGUGCCGUCCAGCCUAUUUACAAGAUUAUGAGGUGGACUUGCAGAGCUUCCAUAAAACAGUGUUACCAGUUAGUACAAGAGAAGAACCAGUGGAGUCAUCUGAUGACGAUUACUCUUCGCCACAGGUUGGAGCAUCUGCUGCAAAGCCUAAGAGAGCACAUGGUUUACCCACCAUUUCUUCCCCGUCGAGGCUGACGGUCAGGGAUAAGCAUUGUGACCAUCCACGUCUUCUGCAGCAGCACAUUUCCAGUCCUGCCUACCAGUCAUCACCACAAUAUCCAAACCGACAGCUACAGUCUGAAUACGGUGCAGAGUUCAUUCCCCUUGGUGAUGAAGGUGAUGGAUACCAGAGUGACAGAUCAGAUGCUAGUUCCCUAAAGUUACAAAGGAUCUCAGAGGAGAAUUUAAAGCUUCGUGAAACACAGCAGGCCAUCCAAGCUGUUCUUAAACGAAUUGAGACCGCCAAAGAUGAGCUGAUCCAGCUUUUAGACAGAGCCUGUAGUCUGCAAAAGCCUUUAUCUAUGUCCAACACCCGUUCUGAUUAUCCAUCAGUUAAAUUCCACGAUGAAGCAUAUGCAGAUGAUGAAGACUGGCCAGAGCCUCCUCCACCCAUUUCAUACGAUGAGCCAGAAAAUAUCAAUCAGUGCGGCAGGCAAAGGAUUAAGAGCACUACAAGAACCACACAAACAAUCACUCCUAGACUCACUUCUGUUGAAAAGACUAGGGAUUUCGGCUAUCCAAGUUCAUAUGAUAACCAGUUUAGGUAUGGCCAGUAUCCUGCCCGACAGAUAGGUCCUCCAAAUGCACAUGAACAACCAGGAAGUCUUUAUCCUGAACAACACAGGACAGUUUCCUAUAAUGUGUCACCUCCCAUGGCAUCUGUGGAUCUGACAGAGAAAUAUUACAAAGGUCCCUCGCCCACCAUUCCUUACUUCCGCACCAAAGACCCAAGUGAGUUUGCUCGAUUAAAAAUAGCCUUGGAAAAUCUUCUGCCACCUGAUAGUACUGAGAUGUUCAAAUAUCAAGUACUGGUUGACCACUUGAAAUUAGAAGAUGCUUGUCUAAUAGCAGACUCCUUCUUGCACUCCCCUACACCUUAUCGAGACACUAUGUUGGCCCUGAAUGAGCGGUUCGGUCAGCCUCACCAAGUAGCAUUAAGACGGAUUGCCACUAUUCUUGAUUCACCUGAUAUAAGCCGCAAUGACCCUUCAGCCUUUGAGAAGUUCUCUCUUCAAUUGCAGUCUCUAGUUGGGCUGCUUAAGACUUUAGGCCAGGCAGGGAGCGUGGAGUUGUAUUGUGGGUCGCAUGUUGCACGCCUUCUCAAUAAGUUGCCACCUGAAAGACGGCUGAUUUCCGCCGCCACAUGUUACAUCGGCCUGGGGUGACAUACUCAUUGGUAGAUCUGGCAGAAUGGCUGAAAUAUGAGUCUUGGUGCCAAAGCUAUGAUGAUCAAACUGCCAAGGGAGAAAGCAGAGCCAAACGAGAGUUCCGAGUAGCUCCACGAACACGCCAAACCACUGCCACAGUACUGACUGGGUCUGGAAAUAGUGUUGAUGUGAGAGCCACUGCAAAUUCUCCUGCCAAGGUUGAUGAGAAAGCUAAAGGUAGGCCCAUGGUAUAUUGCUCUUACUGUCAGAACUCUGAACAUGCUUUCAGUCAGUGCCCUCAAAUUCCAACCCUCACCAAAGAUCAACUCUCAGAGUGGAUACGAUCCAAUAGGAGAUGCUGGCAUUGUGGUCUUGCCCAUCAGGCUGCCCAUUGUGGUCUAAAGAAACCAUGUCCACUUUGUCAAAGGAAGCAUCUACGAAUCCUCCAUGAAGUAAAUGAGAGGCCUGUCACAGUGUCAUCCAAAACCGAGGCUUGCCUAGUUAGUUCAGCGACACAGACACUUUACCUGAACAAACCAGUCAGCAGUAAUAAAGUUUUGCUCAAGAUUGUCAGAGUACUCCUACAUCAUGGCAGUUGCACAUUAGACACAUUUGCAAUCCCUGAUGAUGGUUCUGAGCGUACCAUGCUUCUGCCAGAUGCAGUACGAAAACUUGGCUUGAGAGGUACUGAAGAAAGCUUAGCUCUGAGAACAAUCCGUCAUGAUGUGCAAACCCUUGAAGGGGCUUCAGUCUCAUUCCACAUUUCUCCAUACUACAAUCCAAAGAAGCGAUAUCUGAUAUCCAGAGCCUUUACUGCACCACAGCUUGAUCUCAUUGACCAUUCGUACCCAAUAGCUAAGCUGCAAAAGCAGUACAAACAUUUGGCUGGACUACCAUUGCAGAGCUUUGAAAAGGCCAAACCUCUCAUCCUUGUUGGCGCAGAUCAAACUCACAUGAUCACACCAAUUGAGCCGGUAAGACUUGGUCCACCUGGUGGCCCUGCUGCAAUAAGAACCAAACUAGGCUGGACACUGCAGGGCCCUACCAGCCUGUUAGAGCAGCGACUCAAGCCAAAGGAGUGUCUCCACAUAUCCCUUCCUCUUAGCACCACAGAAUUGUGCAAGAAUGUUAAUAGGCUGUGGCAAGUGGAUGUUUUGCCCUUUCGGAAUGAAACAGAGUGCACAAGGUCAAAGCAGGACCAAAGGGCCAUCGAACUGCUGGAAGCCAAAACAAUUCGCAUAAAGGUGGAUGGAAUACGCCGGUAUGCAACACCCUUGUUACGUAAAGGUGACAUGCCCCAUCUUCACGCCACUAUGGAAGCAGUCAUGCCACGCCUACGAAGUACUGAGAGGAAGCUUGCCAGAGACCUGCAAC